CCCGCGACCGCCAACACGCUUUCGUGACGCCCACUCUCGCUCCGAACCGCCGACGCACACCACGCGAAUAUCCACUUGUGUUGUGCGCCACUUGCGAGUUGCGCGCCCUUUCUCUCACGCAGUGUGAUCGUGCUUCGGUACGUGAAUGCAAAACCGGACUACUCUCUUAACACGAGACACCGACAAGGAAUCACCAGCCGUCAGGACCUCUGCAUAUUCCAACAGCCGCCGAGGGCUGGCCUGCCACUCGCCCGGACCCCGCCACCCGCCCGCGGGGCUUCAUUCUACGGUCUCCGAUAAGGACAAACACGUAGGCACCAGGAGGUAACACGGCAUGACUGCUACGCACGGUGGCGGACGAGAAGACGACCGCCCGGACAAAGAUACCAUAUACACCAUCAAAACUGGCUUCAAAAAUGACGGCUACCAACACGACCGGGAUUCCAACGACGACAUCGUUAAACCACCGCCACUUCCGACGGAAGACGACAACUACCCAUCUGGAAAAGUGAAGCUAACGUUAAAUGAAAAAUGGAGAAUAUUAAAGAACAUUGCUGCGGUAUCAUGCGCGUUCAUGGUGCAGUUCACCGCUUUUCAAGGAACCGCCAAUCUCCAAUCAUCGAUAAACGCCACCGAUGGCCUUGGGACGGUUUCGUUAAGCUCGAUAUACGCGGCCCUCGUGGUAUCUUGUAUAUUUGUACCCACAUUCUUGAUUAAGAGGCUAACAGUCAAAUGGACGCUGUGCGUCUCUAUGCUUUGCUACGCGCCAUACAUUGGCGCGCAGUUCUACCCAGCAUUCUACACAUUAGUUCCUGCCGGCAUCGUAGCAGGGUUGGGCGCAGCCCCUAUGUGGACUUCCAAGGCUACAUACCUGACGCAGGCUGGAAGUGUGUACGCAAAACUGACGGACCAAGCGGUGGACGGAAUCAUCGUACGGUUCUUCGGAUUCUUCUUCCUGGCGUGGCAGACUGCAGAGCUCUGGGGAAAUUUGAUCUCAAGUUUGGUAUUCUCAUCUGGAGUGCACAGUGGGAACACCACGCACAUCAACGCGAGCCAGAGCUUCCUGAAGUGCGGUGCCAACUUCUGCAUGAUCGGCGGCAUCGACCAGGACAAGAACCACAACCUGAACAGGCCGCCCAAUGACGAAAUCUACAAGAUCAGCGCCAUCUACUUGGCGUGUGUUAUGGUGGCUGUGCUCAUGGUCGCACUACUUGUUGACCCACUGUCCAGGUACGGUGAGAAACAGAGGAAGUCGGAUCCAUCAAAGGAAUUGACCGGUAUUCAGCUACUUUCCGCCACCGCGUACCAGCUCAAGAAACCGAACCAGCAACUACUCAUCCCGAUCACUCUCUGGAUUGGUAUGGAACAAGCCUUUAUUGGGGCAGAUUACACACAGGCAUACGUCUCGUGCGCGCUCGGCAUCCACUCGAUCGGUUAUGUGAUGAUCUGCUUCGGCGUGGUGAACGCGCUGUGCUCGCUGGUCUUCGGGUCUGCCAUGAAGUACAUCGGAAGGUUCCCGAUCCUCGUGAUGGGUGCGGCCCUCCACCUCGGCCUGAUCGUGUGGCUCCUCAUCUGGAUGCCGAACCCCAACUCCCCUACGGUAUUCUUCGUCAUCUCCGGCCUGUGGGGAGUCGGUGAUGCUGUGUGGCAGACUCAAAUCAAUGGUCUUUACGGAGUGCUGUUUAGACGCAACAAGGAGGCUGCCUUCUCCAACUUCAGGCUGUGGGAGAGCGCUGGCUUCGUGGUGGCAUACGCGUAUUCCACCCACCUGUGCGCCCGCAUGAAGUUGUAUGUGAUGAUGGUGGUGCUGCUCGUCGGCGUGAUCGGCUAUAUCAUCGUGGAGAUACUUCACAAGAGAAAGGCUCGCCGCCUGAAAGCCAUCGCCGAAGAUCCCGCUGUAGCCGCCGAAGCCGCCAAGCAACCACCUGAAGAAGACGACGAGAAGGACGAGAUUGACGACGAAAUCGUCAUCACGCAUCUUUAAAUCAAAGUCGGUGCCCGUAUUCUGAGUCGUGCCUUAAAACCCCACAUCACAAGAUGAUAACAACAUAGGUAGUUAAUAAGUAUCCCAUGUAGGUAUUCUACAUGAAAAUAAAUCAUCUACAGUUUUUUUACCGCUCAGAAUGCGGAUGGGAGAAUCAGACCUCACCGCCCUACGCUAUGAUACGAGCUUGUGAUACAUCUGCCUAGCUCAAUACUAAAUUAUACAAAACUGAAUAACUUUUUAGUCUUAGUCUAGGCAGAUAAACCAAUUAAGUUGAGUAUCCAAUUCACAGUAUUGAACUAAAAGUAGUAAAAUACUUGCAUCCACAUUUACAGUACGCGUCUGGUCGUGCAUUAAUAUUGCCAUAAUAGGUACAUUAAAUCCAUUUGUAGGUACAAAACAAAAUAUCCUAAUAUUCCCACUGUAUCUCGAAUUUGAUAAGAUCUAUUUAUGUAUCCAAUAGAUAAGUUGUUAGAGUCAAAUUUUGUGAAAAUUUUAAAGACUUACAAGUACAAAACAUUUUACGUUGACUGUCUAUGUACGGUGCGCCCUUAAAAUUUUAUUUGAUUAAUGUGUAGUUACUGAAUUGUAUGCUGUUGUUGAUAAUGUAAUGUUUUGGCCAUAUUAACUAAUUAAGUUCAUUAAAAUUUUACAUGGAUUAACUGUUCUGGUUAGUCAAUCAGAUUGAUACGAUAGAUACCCUUUACUCUGUACGGUAAGUGAGUUAGCUGCAACGCACUCGCUUGUCGCUACACUCGCAUUACCAGAAGGGUGUCGACAGUCGCCCACGCACGCGCGUCAAUGUAUUUAUUUAUCAUAUUGAGUAAAACAUCUGUGUUUAUUGUUAUGUUAUUCGUAAUUACGCGCUUUUGUCUUAUAUUUGACUCUGUAGCCUUUAGUACUGUUUGACUCUUUAUUGUAAUGUAAGAUAACAAUAACGUGUAAGUUUGAGAAAAUACAGGAAACCAAUAUAAUUGCAACUAAACACGAGUGUGUCAUGGCUGCAACGAAAUACAGUCUCUUUGUGCAUUGGCAAAUGAUUGUCUUCUUCUUUGAAGAUUCAAUAAACUUUAAAUUAGAUAGAAAAUGACUUUGAAUAUGUUCAAAUGUCUUCCUAUAUCGUUCCAAUUUACUUUUAAAUUAUUUAUUUUAAUAAUAAUUUGGAACAUCAUUUACUAUAUUAUAGAUAUUGUUAGUUAUACAAAUUAUUUAUAUUUUGUGGUCAACAAAACAUCACCUAAUUAUUAUAAAAAUAAUUUUGCUAUUUUGCUCUUAAUAUUCUCCUACCAUUGGAUUUUACAUUUUAGUCGAAUCUCACUCAGUUUCAGUAAUCAAGAUGAAAAAUAAAUAACUAACACAAAUAUUUUUUAAGUUAUUUAAAAUUAAUAAAUAUCCUUUUAUUGCAACAUGAAAUGACUUUGAACAUUGAAAUAUGUAUUUCCAGUCCCUAAUAAAAUUUAAUACGCUUGUUGUAUUUUAAAUUAAUUCAAAAAGAUCAAUCGUCUGAUUAAUAUUUUUUGUAAUUAAAUAAUAUUCGAACAUUGCAUUUUUCGGUAUUUAUUACCGCACUUAAAACAAUAUCUCUGUUGGCCUGUUUUUCAUGUUAUAACAAUUAACUUAGAUAAGUGCAUUAAUACAAUUAUAAUCAUCUUUAUUUUUACAUUCUUGAAAUCUCAAAUAUGAAAGGACAGGUAGAAUGUAACUUGCUCUUGAAUAACAAGUGUUGAAGAUGAAGGUCGAUAAUCUCUGUAGCGAAUUAUUUCGUUUACGAUACUUAGAUCAAAUAAAUUAAUAUUAGUUAAGUUACAAUCAAGUAUAAAUACGUAGGUGCCUAGGAUUGUGUAUAUUUAUAAUUUGUUAUGAAUAAAUUGUAGUACCCUUAGUGAUAAAUUCGUGUGCUUUUUCUUGAACACAAUAUUGCAACUCGCUGUAGUGGUACACCUUUCAAUUAGCUUUAUAGAAGGUAAACCUACUAAUUCGUUAGCUACUUUUAUCCGACAUUAUGUGUAUUCAUCAUUUUACGAUACGCGUAAACUAAUAAUCAUAAAUUUUAUAUGUAUACCUAUUUAAAAGGGUAUAUUAUAUGAUUUUCAGUUACUUUAUGCUCCAUAUCAAUAAUAAACAUUUUAAACUUCGACAUGCAUCAAGAAAGAGUUUAGCUAUCAAUCAGUAAUAAUAUUUUAUUCUGAAAUCCAUAAUAUAAUCCACUGCUAUGAUGAUUUCUGUUGUCGAAAUUCAGAUACAGAUCAGAUAUAUUCGAUUCAUUUAUAAUUACUUACAAGUAUUUUAUUUCUAACAUACGUUUUCUGAGGUAACGAUGUGGUUUACCUCUGGAUUGUGAUCUUGUGCUGAGCGCACAGAUGUAACUCAUGUGGUUUCUGAUCAAAAUAAAUCACUCAAUUUUGUUGUCUCGAGUUGAUAGAAUAUUCGCCUUUCAUUAAAUAUAAAAAGGAAUCUCAUUGUUUGAUAAAAAAUAAAAUUAAUGAAACCUUAUUUUAACUAAGGAAAAAGAAUUUAUUAGAUUGAAGAAUGCAAUACCUAACGCUAUGUUAAGUGAUUGCAGGUUUAGCAAUCAGACCGAGGUAGUACCAUUUGGUAGGGUAACAAACCACGUGAUAAUUAAACAGUAAAUAUUAUAAAUUUAAGCAUAAAUAAAUAUAAAUACAUGUAAAUUAAAUUUCAUUUAGUUAUAGUAGAAAGGCUAUUAUAUAAAUAAAUUGCUCUAUUUUGAGAUAACACAUAUUUUUGUUAGAUUAUAAUGAUUAUGUUAUUUUAUUAAUGAUGUCAUAUGAGUUUGUGAUGAAAAUAAACAUAGAACUUGUUUGGUC